GGGCAGAAAUGGCCCAAAAAGGGGCAAAAAUGACCCAAAAUUGGGCAGAAAUGGCCCAAAAUUGGGGGAGGUUGACCCAAAAAUGGGGAUAUUUGGAUGAGGGGGACCCAAAAUAGGGCAGAAAUGACCCAAAAUUGGGGGAAAUUGACCCAAAAAAAGGGAAAUAAAAAUAUAAGUUUUUUCCCUCCCAAAAUGACCCAAAAUUGGUGGUUUUUGACCCAUUUUGUGGGGGGUCUUUUUUUAGGGACCAUGCAGGACAACUACGAGAAUGUCAUCUCUUUGGCCGAGGAGAUCGCCAUCAGUUGGCCGCGGAUCACGGCCUUCGCCGAAUCGCAGCGACGCCGCGGGAUGGUGACGGGCACCGACGCCGACUGCGACCCCCCCCCCACAGAACCCGCCCCUCAAUCCCAGCCGGGAUCGGGGUCUGGGGGCGUCGGGACCCCCGAAUUGAGGAGACAACUGGGGCUGUUACUGCAGAGCGCGGGACGGGGCCAAGUGGAAAGGAUGCUCAGGGAGCUGGUGCGGGAGCAGGGGGGGCGGCGCGGGAGGAGGAGGACGGCACCCAGCAACAGGGACGGAGCUACCGGCACCGAAGACGCGUCCCCAAACGGAGCAGCGGAUCCAUCCCCAUCCCAACCAGAACCUGUUACCAAAACCCAACGCCGUAACACCAAGAAACCCGACCCAGCUCCAUGUACCGAAUGCGCCCGCGGUGCCGUCACCAAACCACGUUGUUGCCCCGGUUGUUCCCGGCGAUGCCGAAAUGCCGCCAGCACCGAGAAACCGCAUCGUUGUGUUGAAUGCGGCAAAGGAUUCAGCCGUGGGUCCAACCUGACCCAACACCGGCGGAUCCACACCGGGGAGCGGCCUCACCGCUGCGGUGAUUGCGGUAAAGGCUUCAUCCAACGCUCCGAUCUGGAGCGGCACCGGCGCGUUCACACCGGAGAGAGGCCGUAUCCAUGUGGGGACUGUGGGAAGAGCUUCAGUGUGAGUUCCCAUUUGGAUCGGCACCGCCGGACCCAUGUUGGAAGCAUGGUGGGGAACCGUAACGCUCAUCGUCCGGUGCCGGUUAAUGACGCGGGUUCAUCGGCAUCGCAUCGUUGUCCUGAAUGCGGUAAAGGAUUCGGCCAACGUUCGGCGCUGUCCAAACACCGUAAGACUCACGGAGGGGAAAGGCCUCAUCGUUGUGGGGAUUGUGGGAAGAGCUUCAGCCGUGGGUCCAACCUGACCCAGCACCGGCGGAUCCACACCGGCGAGCGGCCGUUCGCGUGCGGUGAUUGCGGUAAAGGCUUCAUCCAACGCUCUGACCUGGAGCGGCACCGGCGCGUUCACACCGGAGAGAGGCCGUAUCAAUGCGGAGAGUGCGGGAAGAGCUUCAGUGUGAGUUCACACUUAGAAAGGCAUCGCAAGAUCCACGUUGCCGAGCGGUGCCAUGAGCAUGUGGAGGAGUUUUUGGCUGCUCACCGGCACGGCCGGACCUAUAAGUGUGGGGAAUGCGGCCGUUGCUUUGGCCAAGGGGCCGCGUUGCUUAAACACCAACGAGCUCACGCCGGCGGGCGCCCACCGCCCCAUCAUCAAUGUGACGGCGAUGGGGACGGCGCGGCGACGGCGGCGGUGCCGGAGAAGCCCUAUAAGUGUGGGGAUUGUGGGAAAGGCUUCGGGCAACGAUCGGCGUUGGUGAAACACCGUCGGAUUCACACCGGGGAGAAGCCGUACGCCUGCGGGGACUGCGGGAAGGGCUUCAUCCAGAAGUCGGAUCUGACCAUCCACCGCAGGAUGCACACCGGGGAGAAGCCGUAUCGAUGCGGUGAAUGUGGGAAGUGCUUCAGCGUGUCCUCCAACCUCCUGACCCAUCGUAGGACACACUUAGGGGAGAAGCCCUAUGGGUGUCCCGAGUGUGGGAAGAGCUUCAUCCAACGCUCCGAGCUCACCAUCCAUCGCCGCGUUCACACCGGAGAGAAGCCCUACGCCUGCCCGGCCUGCGGGAAGUGCUUCAGCCGCAGCUCACACCUCAACCGGCACCGACGGACCCACAGCAAUGGGGAGAAGACCCCCAACACACCCCCAGCCCAACCACCACCACCACCACAGCCCGGCGCUGCCAACAACGCCGGACCCCCACCGCCAUUCUCCUCCCCUCUGUCCCCCCUGGAGCUGCCCUGGGCCCUCUCCUUCCCACCACGUGCUUUCGUGCCCCAUAGCUUCCCAUCACUCACCACCCCCAGUGCCCCCCCUGGUGUCCCCCCAGUGCCGAAUGAGCACGGUGCAGGGGGGGAGUGAGGGCUGAUGGGGGUCGGAUGUUCCCAUUUCCAUGUCUCUAUGGGGACACUGACCCAUUGGGAUCCAUCUGUUCCCAUUGUGGGGUCUCUAUGGGGUCAUCCAGCCAUUGGGAUCCAUCAGUUCCCAUUCCCAG